AUGAUGGAGCUUGGUUACAAGAGAAGUGCAAAGAAAUGCAAGGAGAAAUUCGAGAACGUGUACAAGUACCACAAACGUACCAAAGAAGGUCGUACCGGAAAAUCCGAAGGCAAAACUUACCGGUUUUUCGAAGAGUUAGAAGCUUUCGAGACUCUCAAUUCCUAUCCACCUGAACCUGAGUCGCAACCCGCAAAAUCUCCUGCAGCGACCACGACCACGACCGCGACCGCGACAGUAACCACUUCUUUGAUACCGUGGAUUAGCUCUAACAAUCCAUCAGCAGAAAAGAGUUCCUUACCGUUGAAACAUCAUCACCAGGUUAGUGUGAAACCCAUCACCACAACAAGCCCUACCUUCCUCGCCAAGCAACCGUCUUCUACGACGCCUUUCCCCUUUUAUAGCAACAACCAAGCGAUUACCAUUGAUACUGGUUUUAAACCAACUUCGAAUGACUUGAUGAACAAUGUUUCGUCGUUGAAUCUUUUCUCGAGCUCAACUUCUUCGUCUACUGCAUCUGACGAGGAAGAAGACCAUCAUCAAGAAAAGAGAUCGAGAAAGAGGAGGAAGUAUUGGAAAGGACUGUUCACGAAGUUGACAAAAGAAUUGAUGGAGAAACAAGAGAAGAUGCAAAAGAGGUUCUUGGAAACUUUGGAGAAUCGCGAGAGAGAGAGAAUCUCAAGAGAAGAAGCUUGGAGGGUCCAAGAAGUAGCGAGAAUUAACAGAGAACACGAAACACUAGUCCAUGAGAGGUCCAAUGCCGCGGCUAAAGACGCUGCAAUCAUAUCUUUCUUACACAAAAUCUCAGGAGGACAACAACAACCACAACAGCAUGCACCUCAGAAUCAUAAAGUAUCACAAAGGAAACAAUAUCAAAGCGAUCAUUCGAUAACAUUUGAGAGCAAAGAGCCUGCAAGACCGGUUCUGCUUGAUACAACAAUGAAGAUGGGGAAUUAUGAUACCAACCAUUCGGUAUCUCCUAGUUCUUCCAGAUGGCCUAAAACCGAGGUCGAGGCCUUGAUAAGGAUAAGGAAGAAUCUUGAAGCUAACUAUCAAGAAAACGGUACUAAAGGGCCAUUAUGGGAAGAAAUCUCGGCAGGGAUGAGAAGAUUGGGAUACAAUCGGAGCGCGAAACGAUGCAAAGAGAAGUGGGAAAACAUAAACAAGUACUUCAAGAAAGUCAAAGAAAGCAACAAGAAACGACCCCUUGAUUCCAAAACUUGCCCUUAUUUUCACCAGCUAGAAGCUUUGUACAACGAGAGGAGUAAAAGUGGGGCAUUGCCAUUGCCAUUGCCUCUAAUGGUAACUCCACAAAGACAGUUGCUUCCCCCACAAGAAACGCAGACUGAGUUUGAGACUGAUCUGAGGGACAAAAUUGGUAAUAAAGAAGGUGAGGAAGAAGGAGAGAGUGAGGAAGAUGAUUACGAAGAAGAAGAAGGAGAAGAGGGAGAAGGAGACAAUGAGACAAGUGAAUUCGAGAUUGUGUUGAACAAAUCAUCGUCACCGAUGGAUAUUAACAAUAAUCUUUUCACCUAA